AUGAAAGCGAACAGCUCUCUACCACAACUCACGUCGGGCGUUUUCAUGUCACAAGAGGAGUUCCUUUUGAUUUUUGACAUUCUGAUGUACUAUGUAAGGCCACCCAUCAUUGUCCUGGGCCUGAUUACCAACAGCCUGAAUAUUCUCGUCUUUUACAAAAUGGGGCUCAAAGAUUCCGUCAACAUUUCUUUCUUUGCCUUGUCCCUGUCUGAUGGUCUUUUCAUUCUGCUCGCCGCCCUGGGCGCCGUGUGUAUUGUUCUACAGUUAGCUUAUCAGGGACUCGUUGGGAAUUUGAGAUGGGAUAUGAGUCUAUACGAUAUCAAUAGCUAUAUUUUUUGGUACGCCGUGACAUUCUACGACACGUCUAUGUCGAUCACGGUGUUCAUAGCGGUGGUGCGGUGCUGUUGCGUUGCCAUCCCCCUUAAGUUUAAGGGUGUGUUCACACGGUCCAGAACUGUUGUGUGUAUUGUUGGGAUCACAGUUAGCACGGUGCUCACCCGACUUCCGACCCUGAUUACCCAGGAGAUUGUGGCACAGUAUGACGCCAUCAACAACAGAACUGUUUAUCGUCUGCGCUACACGGCUGACAGACCACAGGCUAUAGAGCUGAACGAUAUCAUGAACCGAACAGUCCUAUAUUGGGUUGCUAUGGUGACAAUGUCCAUCUGCGUAGUCGUCUUGGAAACCAAUCUUCGGUCUGCUUCCAAAUUCCGAAGGUCGUGCGAACUCCAAACACAGGACAAACAGGCCACUCCCUCGGACAACAAACCUGCUCCCCAGUCCAACCGUGACGCCAGAGUGGUCAAGAUGGUGAUCCUGGUGACCAGUCUCUACCUGGUGCUGGCGCUGCCGUUCAUGCUGUAUUCUCUGUCGCGGAGACUGGUGCCUGGCCUCGAUCUCUCCGGCCGCUACAUGAGGUUCUUCGCUGUCAUCACAACGCUUGGCGGCGCCUUCACCUACCUAAACUCAAGUCUCAACGCUUUCGUGUAUUAUCACACUAGUUCCGGUUACAAAAAAAUCGCCCUCUCCAGUUUCAGGGCAGUGUUAUGUGCCAUGUUAAAGGCCUUCCUCGAACAAGAAAAUAUCUGA